AUGCUCAUCAUCAUGUCUGAAAUCAUUAACUGGGAGGUAAAUGAAUACCCCGGUGAGCUCAACAAGGACCAGUGGAUGGAACUCAAGAUGGCCAAAAAGGCGGAGCUUGGUGAUCCUAUCCUGAACGGAAUGGCGCUCUCUGAACUCUAUAGAUGGGCUUUUGAGUUCCUGGAUCAGAAGUCGCGUAUUCUCGAUGACAUUCCGUUCUGUGGAAUUAAGCGAUUCUUUGAUGUGCUCUGCCACCGCCUCGAUGAUCCUAACCUUGUGGGAAGCUAUGACGAGCUCUCCAAAGCGGUAGCAUGGCUAGAGAAAGCAGACUUUGAAUGCAAGAUAGUUAUAGCAGGAAACCAUGAAAUCACCCUCGAUGAACCGUACUACAACAACAUCAAGGCAUCAUAUCCACCAAGCUUGAUCGAAUCCAGCCCCAAAUGCCUCUCCCUCUUAACCUCCUCCCCGUCCAUAACCUAUCUUAGCCACACAUCCGCCACAAUCAAGCUCACUUCGCCCACCGGCCCCCUCACAACCUUCACCGUCUUCGGAUCCCCCUCCAGCCCGAAACGUGGUCCCGACAUCAUCGACUUCUCCGCCUUCACGUAUCCUCCCUCCGAAGAUCCCGCCACACCUACCUUAUGGGACGCCAUACCCGCCAACAUAGACAUCGUGGUAACUCACACGCCACCCCGCCACCACUUAGACACGGUCCCCAACAACGGAAACCCAGUCCCGUUCGGCUGCGAAUCCCUCCGCCGAGCCCUCUGGCGUGUCCGGCCCCGACUGGCCGUCUGCGGCCACGUCCACUUCGGACGAGGGGCCGAAUACGUAUCCUGGGGCCACGAGGAAGGUGAGGAGCUGUCUACGGAGAAGUGGAUCGAUCCCGCGCCCGAGGGGAAGAAGAACAGUCUCGUGGACUUGGUGAAAGGAUUAGGGUCGGAGCAACGUGGUCGUGGUCGGGAGGGGACAUGUGUUGUUAAUGCGGCGAUCAUGACGGAGAGUUAUUUUCAGCGGAAGGGGCACAGGAAGAUGAGUAAACCUAUUGUGGUGGAUUUGGAGCUCCCUGUAUGGACGUGA